AUGAAUAUUGAACGGGAAUUUCCUUUGCAUGUGGCUAUUUGGAAUAAUGAAAUAGACAAAUUAGCAGAAUUAAUAAAACACGAUAAAGAUCGAAUUGAGCAAUUUGAUCCUCGCCAUCGAACUCCAAUACAAUUAGCUGUGUGUUUGGGUCGUGUAGAAGCAGCUCGAUUGUUAGCACAGAAUGAUGCUGAUUGUAAUGCUGUUUCCAAGGAUGGAUGGAAUUUAUUACAAGAAGCUAUAGCAAAUGGUAAUCCAUCUUUAGUCAAACUUAUUAUGAAAUAUCGAAAUUAUCAAAGAAAUAUUCAACGUAUUCGUGGAAUUCCAGAAUUAUUACGAAAACUGAAAGAGUCACCAGAUUUUUAUGUCGAAAUGAAAUGGGAAUUUUCCAGUUGGGUUCCUCUAGUCUCUAAACUUUGUCCGAAUGAUACUUAUAAAAUUUAUAAAAGUGGUCCGAAUGUUCGUGUUGAUACAACAUUACUUGGCAUUGAAGGUACGAAUUGGCAAAGAGGCAAUCGUACAUUUAUUUUUUCAUUGUUGGCUGAUUGUGCUAAAAUGAUUGAUAUUGAUCAUGAAACAAAAUCAGCAUUUAGUGAAAAUUUAAGUAUACCAGGUGAAGAAGCUAUUCUUCUUGAACCAAAUAUGGAUCAAAUCGAUAGUAAACUUAUGUCACCAAAUUUAACUGUCUAUCUUGAUGUAGAUAAAAUUGAAUUCGAACGAAGUAAAACAGGUGUUUGGGGAAUGCGUAGUGAAAAAACUGAAAACAUUAAUGGUUACGCAUGUAAAGUCUAUACAGCUAAUAAUUUUGAACUUGUGACACGUAACCGUAUUGAACAUAUGUCACCAGAUGAUAGAAAAGCUUAUGAAGCCGGACAUUCAUCGAAUAGGAAUUUUCUUGGAGGAGUGUUCAAUUUUCUCGAAUCAUCAGCGUCAUCGUCAUCGUCGAAAGCAACGACAGCAGCAGCAGCAGCAGGAAAUGCAUCAAUGGCAACAAAUGCAUCAGCAGCAACGAAUGUAUCAGCAUCAAAGCAAUCAAAUGAUUCAUCAAAAUAUUCCAAUCAAGCACCAGUAACACUUGAAGAGUAUUUUAAUAGUCGAGUUGAACUUAAAAAUCGAGAUAUUGGCCGAGCACGUGAAGAGAAUGUAAAAAUUCAAACAUUCAAUGCUCAAAUAUCUCUUUGUGAUGAAUAUCCACUCAGUCUCCAAGAGCAAAUAUUACCUAUUAUCGAUUUAAUGGCAAUAAGUAAUUCUCACUUUAAAAAGUUACGUGAUUUUGUUACACUUCAAAUACCUAAUGGAUUUCCUGUUAAAAUUCAGAUUCCACUCUAUCAUGUUCUUACAGCAAAAGUAACAUUUGGAAACAUCCAUGGUAUUGAUAAAACUGUUGAUGGUGUAUCAACAAUAAAAGAAGAUUCAAUUUCAUUUUGUGCUGUUGAUGAAAAUAUUUUUGCUGUACCGGCAGGAUAUCGCCGUCAAGGCGAAGGUGAAGGUUAUCAUCCAAUGAUGUAUGCGGAUGAUGAUGCUCUAUUACAAAUGGCCAUUGAAAGAAGUCUUCUUGAUUCUAAUGAAACUAAUCCAACUAAUGAUGCACAAACUUCAUCGGAUCAAGUUACACUAUAUGAAGCUUUAGGACAUGCAGGAAAUCGUGGAAAUCGAACAGAUAUUGCUAAUCGUUAUGUAGAUUAUGAUUUACAACGUGCUUUGGAAGAAAGUUUAUUGACAUCAGGUUUAAGUGAAGCUGAAUUAAACGAAAUUAGGCAACAAAAUCAAAUACAAUCAGGUGUUACAGCUACACCACAAGAUUUAUCUUUAGUUAUGGAAUUAUCAAAACAUGAAGAAGAAGCUCGACUGAAUCGAUUACGUGAAGAAGAAGAAGAACUGGAAAAAGUUCUUCAAUUAUCACUUCAAGAAAAAUAA